AUGCCAUUCAAAAGAAACUGGGAUGCGUCGUGUCCUCGUGUCUGGGAGAAGUGGGAAGCGAACGGACAAGAAUGGGUGAUUCAGGACCUAGAUCCAAAAGAUGACGAUUUAGCUAUCGAAAUCUUGUUGAAACACCUUUGCACGGAUGAAGUGUUGUGCUCUUUGAGUAAGUUGGAGGAAGACGAAGAAAGUUUAAUUGGCAUGAAGAAGUUCUGGAUCCCGUGUCUUAAACAGCGAAUGAGCCUCGCUCUCUACACUUGGAUAGACGGACAGAAAACUCUUGUAGCCCUCAAUGUAUGUGUCGUCAUGACAGCUGGAGACACAUUCCCUGAUGUUGAGAUAGAAGGCGAAAAGUGGAAAAACGUAUUUAGUGCACUUGAAUACGUCGAAAUAAAGCGAGACCCACACAAAUAUCUGGAAUUGAACACGUUGUUGCACGCGUUUGGACUGGUUGUGAAGAAGGAGUAUAGAGGGCAGAGGCUGGGUGCAAAGUUAUUGGCAGCAAGAGAACCACUAUGCAGAUUACAUGGUAUAAAAGGCACUACAACGGUAUUCACUGGGCCUGCGUCUCAAAAGCUCGCUGCCAGUUGUGGAUUUACAAGCAUAUGCGAGGCAUCGUGGAAGGAUCUUGCCGAUUCUGGACUUGACUAUCCGUCCGAAACCAAUAAGUUCAUAAAACUCAUGAUGACAUUUGAAAGGAAUUGGGAUGAGUCUUGUCCCCGUGUAUGGGAGAGGUGGGUGGCCAAAGGUCAGGAUUGGGUAGUGCAAGAUUUGGACCCAAACGAUGACGAAGCGGCUUUGGAUAUUUUUUUAGAGCAUUUUUGUUCUGAUGAGCUCCUCUGCUCCUUGAAUAAAUUAAAUGAAGACGAAGUAAGCCGAAAUAGUAUUCGGAACUUCUGGGGUUUAUGCCUAAUGCAACGAAUGAGUCUAGCGGUCUACACCUGGGUCGACGGAAAGAAGACUUUAGUGGCUCUAAAUGUAUGCGUGGUGAGAUCUACUGGAGAUAAAGCGGAUAUUAAGAUAGAAGGAAAAAAAUUGGAAAUUUUUUUCAAGUCAAUGAAGUAUGUGCAACAUAAGUGUGACGCACACGAGUACCUUGGGUUAGAAACGGUUUUACACGCUUACGGACUGGUAGUUAAGAGGGAAUAUAGAGGUCAAAGACUUGGUGAAAAAUUACUAAAUGCGAGAGAGCCACUAUCCAAGUUACACGGAAUAAAAGGCACGGCGACGGUAUUCAACGGGCCUGUGUCCCAAAAGUUGGCAAGCAAUUGUGGUUUUGAGACCAUAUGCGAAGUUUCAUUAAAGGAACUGUCUGAUUCUGGGCAAGACUAUCCACCUGACCCUGAUACAUACCUCAAACUCAUGGUGAAGCGCUAUGACUAA